GUACAAGAAAAGGAAGUCAAGCGCCUAUCAGUGACAUUCCACAGCAGAUAUUUGGAGAACAUGGACAUCCCCUCCGCAUAGUUCAUGUCAGGAAGGCUCAGCCCACCUUCGUCCCUGGCUGUGUUUCUGACGUCCCUGAGGACAUUCGUUAUCACUUCUACAGGAUCAGUGACAGCAGACAGUUAUACAGGAAGUAUACGCGCAGGGCGUAGGAAGCAUGUGUGGGCACGUUCCAGCGAAAGCAGCGUUCCUCUGACGUGCUCUCCGUUCUUUGUUUCAACGGCGGACACCUCCUGCUAUUAGUUGUGGACUUUUUGAACAGCCGUGGAGUAAAUGUUGUAGUUUUUCCAGUGUUUAGGUCCAAACUGUCCGCGCUGUUGGGUUCGCGCCAGUAGAGGGCCCUGUUUGACCAAGCACGUGGCUGUGCCAGAUCAGAUGACCUGAACAAGGAAGCAGCCCAACACCAAAAAAAAAACCUGCCCAGUGGCUUUUGUGCCUGUAACACGUUUGGUUUGUAAAGAGGCAUUCGAGGAUCUGAGCAGGACGUGAACUGUCGCGUCCGCGGGAGUCGUCCACAAUGGCAGCAACGCUCAAAAGGCUCUUCAGCUCGCUGACCCUCUUCGGCGUGUUCACUGUGACGUGUGUUAUUAUCUUUUCGUUCCUAAAUCAAAGCCCAACUUCGACCUUUAUCAGGAAGAAUUUCCGUGCGGGUGAGAGCAGCAAAUUAGCCUGGAUAUUCAAAACGCGAGAGGAAACUCAGAGGCCGCCGGGGAUCAACGGCACGAACUCCAGCCGGGAGAGCAUCCUGUCACCAGAGGAACAGCCCCCCUUGAUACCCUGCCCGGUCCAUCCUCCGCGCCUCGUGGGACCGCUCCUCGUAGAGUUCAACUUUAAACGCACCUUUGACGAAGUGAGGCAGUUGUACAACUCUUCCAUUCAGCACGGAGGACGCUACAAGCCACCUGACUGUGUCGCCCAACAGAAGGUGGCGAUCAUCAUCCCAUUCCGACAUCGACACGAGCACCUGAAGCACUGGCUCUUUUAUCUCUACCCUAUACUGAUACGACAGCAGCCGGACGUCGGCGUGUACGUCAUCAACCAGUACGGCGAAGGAACCUUCAACCGCGCCAAGCUGAUGAACGCCGGCGUCUUCGAGGCGCUGAAGGAGUACGACUACGACUGCUUCGUCUUCUCCGACGUGGACCUCGUCCCCAUGGACGACCGGAACCUCUACAGAUGCUUCGACAAGCCCCGGCACCUGGCUGUGGCUAUGGACAAGUUCCAGUUCCAGCUGCCCUAUAAGACCUUCUUCGGCGGAGUCUCGUCUCUGUCCAAAGAGCAGUUCUGGAAGAUCAACGGCUUCCCGAACACGUACUGGGGCUGGGGCGGCGAGGACGACGACAUCUACAGGCGAAUCUACUACCGGGGAAUGUCCAUUUCCCGGCCUGACUCUGUGAUCGGAAAGUACAGGAUGAUCAGGCAUAACAGAGACUUACACAAUGAGCCGAAUCCAAAGAAUCCUGACAAACUGGAUUCAACCAAGUGGGCCAUGGAUAAAGAUGGAAUAAACACCCUCAAUUACACAGUCAAAAACAUUGAGAAAGAUCUACUGUACACGUUAAUCACUGUGGACAUUGACGCCCCGACAAGCUGAGGGCUGACUGAACCUGUGGGUCCUGAACUGGUGGUGGUGAAGGAUUCAUCAGGACAGAUAUGUUUUGCCUCUGGUGGUCUCAAGGGGUUAAAGUCUUCAAUCAAUCAAUCCAUGAAAUUCUGUAGGACGGGGGUGUUCGAGCCUGGUUGUCGAGAGCCUCUCCCUGUUGAUUACCUUGAUCAGGUGUGUCACUUGCUGACUGACAGAACACACCUAGUCGAGAUAAUCAUUACGAGCCGGGGCAGGGAGAGCUGGAAAACCAGCAGGACUGUGGCUCUCGAGGAUCAGGACGCCCCCCCCCCCCCCCCCCCCCCCCCACCCCCCCGACGACGACCUGUCAGUGACGCACGGCUUCUAAGUGCAGCUGUUGAGCUGUAGUGAAGCGAGUCGAGAUGUUUAUCCCUGUUUGCUGCUCCUGCUCAGAGAGGCUAUAUUGUGCUUGUAUCAGCCACCGCAGCAUCUGCAGUCACCCGUGUUUUAAGCUGGGAUGUAAACGUCCACAUCAGACUUUCCAGACCUGCGACACCCGAACACCAAAGCCACAGUGUGACUCCUGCGAUGGUGAUGAUCUAAACCACCAGUGACCUCAUAGUCGCUCACAGUGAGUGACAUUCAUUACAUCACACUUUUUUGAUAGAAAUGAAUUAGGUGGCUGUACAGUACAUUUAACCCUUAUGGCGAUGGAGGGAACGUUUGUUUGGGAAAGCGCUUUUGUUUGUUUCUUUGUUUUAUGUUUUUUGUCCUGUUUUUUUUUUUAUUAUUUAAGGCCUUUUGCUGUGACGAGCCAUCUGUGACACGAUGUGCUGAUGCUUUGUGAUACGCAACAACAAUGUGUGUAACAGUUGUCACUAAAACAUGAAUAAAACAUAAAUCUUACUCAGCUUUAUGUAAGAGGCACUA